AUCGGCGUUACACAUUCACCAAGUUAAAAAUUUGUAGGUAAACGAAAUCGAAACUAGAGGAACUAAAAUUACUAAAAUGGCAGAAGGAGGUGAAUACAGUAGUCCAGUACUAGGCUCUGAUAUAGUAUUUGAGUACACGUGCACCCCAUGUGCUGAAGACGACAAUAUUCAAGAAUCCCUGAAAUACUGCCCAGAAUGUAAAGAAUUUCUUUGUGAAGCAUGUGUGAUUCAUCACAGAAAAGUGUCUGCAACGAAAAAACACAAUCUACAAGACAACGAUUUUCAACGUUGUGAGAAAGGUUCUGUCCACACCACAUCAGAUGAGGACCAAAUGUUCAAAUGUCUCUAUCAUCUUGACAGGGAUAUCGAGAUGUACUGUGGUGAUCAUGACAUGGUGUACUGUGCUCUAUGUGUUGCUAAAAACCAUAGACAAUGCAGUGGAAUACAAGAGCUUGAGGAAGCAGCUACAAGUAUUCCUGUAAACAAAACAGAAUUAGUGCGACAAAUCGACUCUGUACAGACUAGUAUACAGUCAUCAAGACAGAAUAAAGAAGCCAAUCUCAUUGCACUUGAUCAGGAAAAGAAUGAAACUCUAAAAACCAUCGAGAACACGGAACUUUUGAUUAUCGACAAAGUCAAAGCAUUAGCAUCUGAUGAAAAAGCAAAGACAUUUUUCAAAUACGAUGCUUUAAAAAAGGAUAUUCAAGAUGAAGAAAGUGUUCUUAAUCAAGCUAUUACUAAUACCAAUGAAUUAAGAGUUAAAAUUGAAACUCAAAAAGAGUUGGAUACAAAGCAAGAAUUUGCAAGACACAUAUUACAAAAACAUAUUCUUUCCCAAACUGAGAAAAAACAUGAUGACGUCGAGAAAGAGGACAGGAAGAUUAAAUGUUUUAAGAACGAUGAGUUGAUACAACAUGUAAUGACAGCAACUUGUCUGGUACAAAUUGUUGGUAGUACAAGUAGCAUAAAUGCCAAAGAUAAAUCGGUUAGCAAAAUGUCACAAAAAGAAGUAGGUAUUAAAGGAGACAGAGAUAAACAAAUAUGCAGUAUAUAUGGUAUUUGUCAGCUGUCCGAUGGGACAAUUCUUAUAGCAGACCACGCUAAUAAAAAGCUGAAAAGGCUGAACAAGGACUUUGGAAUCAAAGAUGAAUUCAACUUAAAUUCUAAUCCUUUGGGUAUCUGUUUGACGGGCAAGGCAGAUGUAGCUGUUAAACUGAAAAAUAACACUAUACUGUUUGUUUCUAUUGAUGAACAAAUCAAGAAAAAAUAUUCAAUAGAUAUUGAAUGUGGCAACUGUAUCGGCCUGGUUUUCCUUGAUAACAAACUAUGGUGCCAUAAUAAUGUAGACGUUACAGUAUAUAACAGAAGUGGAACAGUUGUAAAAACUUUCUGUCAUAAAGUGUUUGAUAAAACAGAGUUCAAAUCGAACUCGAAUUAUAUUGUCCCAGUUGCAACUGGCGAUGAAUAUAUAUAUGUAUCAGAUUAUAGUAAAGUUGCAUGCUUAGAUAAGGAAGGAAAUGUUUGGGCAGUUAUGAACAACGAGCGACUAAAAAACAUAAUAAGUGCUUGCAUUUCACAAAAUGGCAUUAUUUUUCUUGCAGGAUAUUACUCGGGCAACGUAAUGAUGUUUAAUGAAAAGGGGAAAUGCCUAGGAGAAUUGGUUGACAAAUUAAAGUUUCCGUCCUCCCUAUUCUUCGACAAAAGAACCCAUCAGUUGAUUGUUGGACAUAAUUACAAAAAUGAAUUAACGAUAAUCACUACAGAUGUAUGUUAGUAAAAUAUUUGAUUAUCACAAAAUAGUCAAUUGAUCAUAAUCUUUGUGAAAACUGAAAUAAACUGACAAGUUCUGGACUUUAUAUGAGCAACAUGACAAAUAGCACGAUAAUCUUCUUUUAUGUGACAGUAUUUGAUGAAAAUAUGCGGUUACAUUUUGUUACAAAUUUCUCCAAGCAUAAUACAAGUACGACAAUAGAAAACUUAUACCACCUGAAUUGGCUAAUAUUCGCCAGGAACAUAGUAAAUGUUUAUUAGAUGUUUAAGUGUUGAAAAUAUAACGAACAUUGGGGAAAUACAUUUUAAAUCAUGGACACGUUCAUAAGCGCCCAUCCUAAGUUACAGUAAACAAAUGUCUUAAUCACCCAUCCUGAUAUGCAGCUGUCCUGAUGUACUGAAAUCAUUGCAUGGUUGUAUCAAAAUAAAUUACAGACAAAAAUUAUGUUUUACUUCACU